AGCAACUACAUCUACAGGCAUGGAAUCCACUGGCAUGUCUCCCCUCUCCACCGGCAGUCCCAGCUCGGUCUCUGUGACCCCGUUCUCUCACGCUGCUGCUCGAAGUCCUUUACCAGAACGCAAGGACUGCUUCUUGUGGCUUGUGCAGUCACAGUAGUGGCGUGGCUUGUCUCUGGUCAUUGGGUGUUGAACAAUUUGCUUGGGAUAUCUAUUUGUAUUGCUUUCGUCAGCCAUGUUCGUCUUCCUAAUAUCAAAAUAUGUGCUAUGCUCCUCCUGUGUCUGUUUGUGUAUGACAUAUUCUGGGUGUUCUUCUCUGAGAGGUUCUUUGGUACUAACGUUAUGGUGACCGUGGCGACUCAGCAAGCGUCGAACCCGGUUCAUACAGUAGCCAAUAGUUUGAAUCUUCCUGGACUGGAAUUGAUUACAAAGAAACUGGAGUUGCCUGUUAAAAUAGUGUUUCGUGGUGUGGAGCCUGGUGUGAGUGCCUCAGAGUUCAUGAUGCUUGGUCUUGGUGACAUGGUUGCUCUGUAUGUUGGUGGUCUUUAUAUUUGUGGAAAGACUGGAUGGGAAUCUGUAAUGAAAAUGGGACAAGACACACGAGAACUGUCAAGGAUGAAGAGGACAGUCUAAAGAGGAAGGUAAAGGAGACUAUGGAGAAAGCUUUCUGGGAUAGUGUGAUGGAAUCAAUGAAACUGGAGGAGCCUGGGAUGAGCUUUGCCAGAUGGUGCCUGAUAGCUGGAAAGUGGAAAUAACUGAAACUAUUGAUCUUGACCUUCUCUCACAGUUGCUUAACUCUGGCACCUUGGAUAUUGAUUACCUUGGAAAGAUGCUUGAGUUUGCAUUAGCUACUCUUCGGAAACUCUCGGCUCCAGCUAAUGACCGUGAGAAUGAAAGCACCCACCAGAGUUUACUGGAGGAACUUCACAGGUUGUGUCAAGCUAAAGAUGAGUCUGGUAGCCUCCAUGCUGUUGCAAUUGUCAAGGGGAACCGCUUCAUUCUUGAGCAGAUUCACGUCUGUAUCCGUAAUACUUAUGUGAAUUAUUUUAGAUAAAUAGUUUUUAAUACUAAACAAGUCAUGCUCUUAACUAAAAUAAACUAACUUAAUAUUUAUAUUUAUUUGACGAACAUCAAAUUUAUUUGA